AUGAGUCCCUCUCAUGAUAAGAUAUGCGACCGUUCUUCAGAGAAUGCUCUGCCAAAAGAUCCGGACUGCGAUCCUGACAAUCCCAAAAAGAUCACUUUCUCCGACGUUUCCAGUGCUGCGUUCAAUAUCAAAAGUGGUGUCCUACGAACUCCUUGCAGUAAAUCGUCGAACCUUUCGAGAAUGUUAAAUAUGGAACUAUACUUCAAGAAAGAGUACCUUCAAGUGACCGGUUCAUUCAAGGAACGCGGAGCCCGAUACGCAUUAUCCAGACUAGGCAAGACAGAGAGGGAAACUGGAGUAAUAGCGGCUAGUGCUGGUAAUCAUGCGUUGGCGCUCAGCUACCACGGCCAACAAUUGAACAUCCCAGUGACAGUUGUGAUGCCGGUGUUCGCCCCGCUGAUGAAAAUUGGAAUGUGUCGUUCCUACGGGGCAACCGUGAUUUUGAAGGGAGACAACAUUUACAGGGCGAAAGAACAUGCGAUGAGACUAGUCAUGGAGAAGGGGUACAAAUAUAUCAACGGCUAUGACGCCCCAGACAUUCUAUCCGGACAAGGAACUCUUGGUUUAGAGAUCCUUGAACAGACCCCAGACGUGGAUGCUAUCAUCGUUCCGGUGGGCGGCGGUGGACUUAUAGCAGGUAUUGCCGUGGCAGUGAAAACUCUUAAACCACAAGUGCAAAUUAUCGGAGUGGAAACGGAAACGUGCCCAUCAUUUACUGAAGCAUGCAAAGCAGGAAAGCCUGUGGAAGCAAGUUUACGAAGCAGCCUGGCAGACGGUCUCGCUGUGCCGGUGGUUGGCGGAAACGCUUUGGCAACAGCACAAGGACUCGUAGAUCGAAUCGUAUUGGUAUCCGAAGAGGAGACGGCUCUCAGCAUUUUACGGCUCAUUGAGAUGGAAAAGGCAGUGGUGGAGGGCGGUGGUGCUGUGGGUCUGGCAGCUUUGAUGAGUGGCAAACUACCAGAACUUCAAGGAAAAAAGGUCGUAUCAAUACUUACCGGUGGAAAUAUCGAUACCACAGUGCUAGGACGUACAAUAGAUAGAGGUUUGGCCGUCGAUGGCCGACUUAUUCGACUAGAAGUUGUCGUCUCCGAUCGACCUGGUGGAAUUGCUGAGCUCGCAACGAGAAUAGCUCAAGCAGGAGCGAGCAUAAAGGACAUUUUCCACGAGCGAGCAUGGAUUUCAACCGAUGUGUUCUCUGUGAAAGUCGUAGCAGAAACCCGAGAUCGUCAACACGUCGCCGAAUUGGAAGAACUGUUGCGGUCCAAGUAUGACGAAGUGAAGGUUUCGUGA